CGGACACAGCAGCGCGCUCACAAGUGUCUGUCGCUUAAUCACAACGUCAUACUUGUGCGCCAAAUGUGGACAUGUUCAGUUAUGUAGUUAGCAUAUAGCUCAGUUACAGUGUCUCCAAUUAUAAUCCGAAGCAAUUCAAAAUGGCAGACUACUGGAAAUCCCAACCCAGAAAAUUCUGCCAGUAUUGCAAGUGCUGGAUUGCAGACAACAAGCCUAGUAUUGAAUUUCACGAGAGGGGCAAGAAUCACAAACAAAAUGUCGUCGCCAAAAUCGACGAGAUUAAAAAGAAGAGCAUUGAAAAAGCCAAGAAGGAAGAAAAAAUGUCCAAGGAGUUUGCAGCAAUGGAAGAGGCAGCCAUGAAAGCAUACCAAGAAGACAUGAAAAGACUACAAGCAGAAUCAGGUGCCUCAGAAGCUCCUGUUAAGACUCGGACAAAAGCUGAAAAAGCUAAGGUUGAAGUUACUAUAGAAACCAGCCGCAGCAGUGAAUCAGAUGCCUGGGUACAGGGGACAACUGAUGAUGGACAGACAUACUACUACAAUACACAGACUGGAGAGUCUCAAUGGGAUAAACCAGAAGGGUUUCAAGGUGAAGAUGUGUCACCCGACCAAACUGGGCAGGCUUCUUCAGGCAGUGCAUGGAUGGAAGCUGUGAGCCCAGAUGGAUAUACAUACUAUUACAACACAGAGACUGGAGAGUCUAGCUGGGAAAAGCCAGCUGAUUACUCUCCUCAAGAGGGAAGUUCUGCUGAAGAGAAUGCGGAACAGGAGGCCAUAUCUACACCUCAGCCAGAACCUCUCUCCUCCUCAGAGGACAGUUCUGAGGCUCCUAAAGAGGCUGCAGAGCCAACAGAGACCAAGCAGUCCAGAGUUCCCAAAAUCAGUUUCAGGAAAAGAAAAGAAGAGAGAGCUCCAUUAGAAGAGAAGGCAGAGAAAGAGCCAAAAGCAGAUGAAGAAGCACAGGAGGAGGAAAAAGAUGUAGUUGGAGAUGAUGCUGGAGUAGAACCAGCUGUACCUGCAGAAGAGGAAGAAACCCCUGCAAAGAAACCUAGGAAGACAAACCCGUACGGAGAGUGGGAACAGAUUCAGGAGGAGGAAGACCCCUUUGAGAAUGUAGAUUUGCAGCUGCCACAGACAGACAGUGGAGUUGCUGCAUCCAUUCCCUCCGACUUGCCCUCAGAACCCAAGACCAAAUUUAAGGAACGAACCAUCACCUCCCUGGGUAAUGAGAGCAGUGCAGGAGCCACGUUCAAGAAGAGGAAGACGGAAAAUGGAAAAUCCAGGAGCUUUCGACAAAGAGGGAAGGACGAUUGAGAGCUUGAUGCCUAAAGAGUUUGUUUCCACAAAGUUAUGGAUGAACAUUAUUGACAGGAUGGACAGAUGGAUCCGCAUAGAUUCUGCAAUUUAAAUGUUUUUGUCAACACAGAUGAUGGCAACAUCCACGGAAUAUCAGGUUAAGUAUCAAAACAUAUUGCAGACUUCUUUAACUGCUGUCCCUCUCCACUUUAGAAAUGUUUGUUGGAUAAAAUUAAGCCCGUUUUUUAUAGCUACAUGGAUUUGGUCAUCUUUUAGAUUUUGUAAUUGUUGCCAGUUUGUGAUGUGUAUGAGAAUUAUUUUUCUAAAAUUGGAAAGAGGAAUUAACUUUUUCAUGUUAUUAAACAUUCCUCUGUGAUUUCAUGUUGUCCUUAGUAGCUAAUGUUUAUGUUCUAAUAUUUAUACUUAUUGUGUAAAUCUGUACAGAGUGGCAUGAAAAGCAUGUGGUUUUCUCCAAUUUUUUUUUAAAAUGGGUAUUCACAAAUGAUAAAUUGUAAAGAUGUUAACACUGUCAGAUAUGAAAAAGUAAUGCAGAGCUUUCACUGUUUUAUAGUCAGUUUUUAAGAUUCUAAACUUCAUCAGUCACAAAUAAAUGAAUUGCAAAGAAGA